GCCGCCCCCACCCCUCGGCUCUGCUCCGGGAUGGGCUGUGCCUCGUGCGCCCCAGCCUGGCGGAGGGACAGCCAGGCUGCCCCGCCCUGGCCCGGUGAUUGAUCAGCAGCGGUUACUGAGUCUCUUAAUGGUUCGCUUGGAUGGGAAUUAAUUCUGAGAUGGAUAAAUAAUGCAUUGAGGUUUAUGUAGUCCAAGGCAAGCCGUCGGUCCGGAGCCAGGAGAGGCAGCCGAGGGAGCCUCGCGGGUGACGCCCACGGCCAUGGGGGCCCACGGAGCGGAGCAUGAGGGGCAACUGGGCGAAAGGAAGGGAAAAGGGAAGUGGAUGACAGCAUGAUCUGCCCAGCGACUGCGGUGGGGCAGUGUCAGGAAUAUGCUGAGCCCAAAGAUCAGGCAAGCCCGGAGGGCUCGCUCCAAAAGCCUGGUGAUGGGGGAGCAGAGUCGGAGCCCUGGGCGGCCGCCCUGCCCCCGCAGGCUGGGCCCCGUGCUGAAGGCGGGCUGGCUGAAGAAGCAGAGGAGCAUCAUGAAGAACUGGCAGCAGCGCUGGUUCGUGCUGCGUGGGGAUCAGCUUUUCUACUACAAGGACAAAGACGAAACCAAGCCUCAGGGAUUUAUUUCUCUACAAGGGACCCAGGUGACUGAACUUCUUCCUGGCCCCGAGGACCCAGGAAAGCACCUCUUUGAGAUCAGCCCAGGUGGUGCCGGGGAGCGGGAGAAGGUGCCAGCCAACCCCGAGGCGCUCCUGCUCAUGGCCAGCUCCCAGCGGGACAUGGAGGACUGGGUGCAGGCCAUCCGCCGGGUCAUCUGGGCCCCGCUUGGCGGAGGUACUGCCCGUAGCUCGCAUGCUCACCCUCUAGAACCCUUGCCUCCAGGGAUCUUUGGGCAGCGCCUGGAGGACACGGUCCACCAUGAGCGGAAGUAUGGCCCACGCCUGGCGCCCCUGCUGGUGGAGCAGUGCGUCGACUUCAUCCGGGAGCGCGGCCUCACCGAGGAGGGCCUCUUCCGCAUGCCCGGCCAGGCCAACCUGGUGAGGGACCUGCAGGAUUCCUUCGACUGUGGGGAGAAGCCACUGUUUGACAGCACCACAGAUGUGCACACGGUGGCCUCCCUGCUGAAGCUGUACUUGCGGGAGCUCCCCGAGCCUGUGGUCCCCUUCGCCAGGUACGAGGACUUCCUCAGCUGCGCCCAGCUGCUCACCAAGGACGAGGGGGAGGGGACCCUGGAGUUGGCUAAACAAGUAAGCAGCCUUCCCCUGGUCAAUUACAACCUGCUCAGAUACAUCUGCAAGUUUCUGGAUGAAGUUCAGUCUCACUCAGACGUCAACAAGAUGAGUGUCCAGAACCUGGCAACUGUUUUCGGACCUAACAUACUUCGGCCUCCGAUAGAAGAUCCGGUGACCAUCAUGGAAGGCACUUCCCUGGUCCAGCAUCUGAUGACUGUCCUGAUCCGCAAACACAGCCAGCUUUUUACUUCAAGGACCACGGAAGGGCCAGCCUCCCCUCGUAGGGGCCCACCGUGCACCGUGGGAUGGGGGUCUGAGGAGGUUCCCAGGGACAGCCAGGCGGAGCCCAGCAGCCCCAGCGCCCCUGGCCUGCCCUCGCACAGGACUGCUUCUCUAGAUGGGGCUGCUGUGGCGGCACUCUCUAGAACUUCUCCCACAGGCCUGGGAAGCCGAUGCAGCCCUGCUGCCACCAGCCCUGGGAAGAAGGUGCAGACUCUGCCCAACUGGAGGUCUUCCUUCCGGCAGUCAGGGUCCCGGUCGGGGAGCCCGAAGGUGGGCAGCUCCUCCUUGGAGGUGCCCAUCAUCUCUGGAGGUAACUGGCUCAUGAACGGGCUGUCCUCCCUGCGUGGCCACCGCCGGGCCUUAUCAGGAGACCGGCUCAAGGACUCAGGCUCUGAGCAGAGACUGUCCACCUAUGACAACGUGCCCCCGCCCAGCCUCUUUCCCAGCACGUCCAGUGUGGCCAGCAUGCCGUGGUCCGAGGCCUCAGCCAAAGCCUCAGUCAGCAGCUGCACGGCUUGCCGGGCCAGUGACUCUUCCGCCUGCAGUUCCCUGCACACCGAGGGGGCCCUUGAGCCCUCCCCUGUCCCCAGCAGCAGCGAGGGGCACAGAUCCCCGGACCUGGACCACGGCCUGGAUGGUGUGGGCUCCUGCAUCAGCAGCAGUGAGCCCAGUGACCCAGGCAGCCCUGCCCAGGACCGCGCCCGCCGCUCCGAGGCUCUCCAGGGCCUGGUCACAGAGCUCAGGGCAGAGCUGUGCCGGCAGAGGAUUGAGUACGAGACAAGUGUGAAAAGACUCGAAGAAGGUAGUGCUGACCUGAGGAAACGAAUGUCACGGCUAGAGGAAGAACUAGACCAGGAAAAGAAAAAGUACACAAUGCUGGAAAUAAAGCUGAGGAACUCAGAGCGGGCACGGGAAGACGCGGAGAAGAGGAACCAGCUGCUGCAGAAGGAAAUGGAGGAGUUUUUCUCAACCCUGGGCAGCCUGACUGUUGGGGCAAAAGGUGCCAGAGCGCCAAAGUAAAGGAGUGGGGAGAGCUUACUUCUGUGAGGCUCGCCCUCCCCUGGACUGGAGCCAGAGCCUCUGCAGCUUGGACCUGGGCCUCAGUGGUGCCAGGAUAUCCCGAGCUGGCUGAGGAGAGCAGUCCCGACUCUGUCUCCUGCAGCCCAAGCCCCUCGUGGGAUCUGGAUGCUGUUCUGACCAUGACAGGGCAUGGCAGGCCUCGGAAGGGAUGGUCCUGUGGCCACCAAACAGAUGGCACCUGGGAUCUGAGUGGCCCACAGGGAACUUUUUGCGUUCUUUAUUAAAUGUGCUCUGAAAGCA